AUGAAGAUCAUCACACUCAUUCUUUUGUUCUGCAGAUUCUGCACUUGUGAGUAUUCUGUAAAUAACGGUGGUACUACAAAGAUUAGGAGGAACACACCGAGAACUCAACUUAAUCGCGAAACUGGACCGAGACAACCACCUCCGAUAUCUCCACCUGGUGCUACUACUCAACAUGCCAGUAGACCUGGUCUGAAUGUUCAAAGGAGUCUACCUCCUAGAUCUGGAGGACUCAUGGAGACAACAACAAGAGGUACUCUCCCAGGAGCAAAACCUACUGGUACACAGACUGCAGUUGGAAAGAGUACUAUUAUACCAACCGUAAACUCCAAGCCUAGUACUCGUCCAGUCAUUGAGGAUAUUGGCGAAGAUCUGGAAGAAGAUUUAAAGCAUGUCAAGGCAUAUCAUGAGAUUAGACAUGAAACUAUCAAUACUACUCCUGAGGUAACUAGUACUACAGUGCCUAAAGAACAACCUUUGGAGUAUAAGAUGGACAUGACUUUGAUCACUGUAGGAAAGUCUACUGAGGGAACUCUUUCAGUGGUUACCUAUACAGCCAAGCAAGAUGCCAAUAUACCCCUACUUUUACAUAAUAAUAAGCUUGUUUGGAAAAGUAUAGACAGUAUGAAUAACAAGGAUACUCUUGUAAAGGCAAAAGUCUACCUCGGAUUUAGUGAGCCACUUGCUGCCAACUUGACAUACAAGAGAGUCACUGAGAGCACCACCAGGGAGUACUGUAAACUAGUAAAGGAUAAGUGGACCUUUGUUGACAAGAGUGCUCUUGAAAGGACAUUUGAUGAGGUUGGUGAACUGCCUGGUAAUGCUAAUGCAUCUGCCUAUAGAACAAAGGUAGAUUCUACUCUCUUUGAUGUGGAGGUGGGAAAGCACAAUGGGAUACCAACUUUAAACUGCACUGCCAAAAAGGGUGUAAAGGUACCCAAACUUGUUUAUGAUGGCAAUGUAGUAUGGCAAGCUGAUGGAAAUCAAUUUUGUUCAUCGGCCACUUUCUACUUUGGAAAGUCUGGUAUCAUUGGCAUAUCCUUUACCUAUGACAGUAGAGAAGAGACUCUCCAUGACUGUUUCCGUGUCUUUAGCAACGACGAAUGGGAAGGUGUAAAUGGUGACUAUUAUGAAAAAGUACUUUAUGAAACCAAGAAUCCAGAGGCCUCUGUAGCUACUGCAUCUGAGAAUACCAAAGCCAAGAGCUUCAUUGACACCGCCAAGUUUACCGUAGUUAGUGACAUGGAGAAUGGAGUCCCAGUCCUAAGAUGCACAGCUGGGAAUGGUGCCUCUAAACUUACCUAUGGAUCAGACACAAUAUGGCCAGGGAAGAAGGAUGUGACAUGUCUCUCUGCCAUCUUGUAUCUGGAUGGAGACCAGCCUACUCUUGCAGUACUUGUCACCAGGGAUAAGAAUAAUAAGCAGAACAAGGUUUAUAGAUACCAUGAUGGAAAACAGUGGAAGGAUGGUAAAGAAGAGGGCCACAAGAAGAAUCUGGACGCUUUAAAGACAAAGGCAAAAAAUCGUCCUAUAGCCAAGCAUCCAUCAGCUCAACUAGCUCCCCAGCAAGGAGUUCAGGCUAAGCCAGAAGAUGCUCCAGUAAAAACAGAUGGGCAGACUCCUCAGAAGAAACCACAGGCGAAUGCACAACCGGCUACUCAACCUGAUCAAAAGUCUACUCAGCCAUCCAAGAGAGCUCCGGUAAAGGAGAUAAUCCUCGACAUUGGUAAACCAGACCCACAAAGCUACAAAUCCUUUGACUAUGCACUAGACGAUGUUCCAACUAGACUCAUAGUUGCGGUGAAGGAACAACCAAACAAGGUAGUAUUUGGACAAGAAACUCUGUGGUCUGAUGACACUGGAAGAUGUAACUACUGUACUGUCCACAUGAAGGAUAAGAAACCAGUGUUAGUCUACAUUUCCGGAAGAUCCUUCUCAUUUUACCUACUAAAGACUGAUGGUGGAUGGAAAUCCAUUGAUAACUACAGUGAGGAGUUUGCCAAGCUUAGACUUGCUGUACCCUCACCAUCCUCAUUCUCCCUUGACAUCUCUACCAACCAGGAUACAGGACAAUGCAGAAUCUUUGAGACACCCUUCAAUAAGGUCAAUACUCGUUUCUAUGUGCCCAAGGCUGGAAAGUGUGCCACUAGUGUUUCUAAUGGACAAGCUGUACUAUGGAAGGGUGGUCAGGAGAAGGCAAUCAUGGUGAGACUAUACCCAUCUGAUAAUCCUACCUUGCUACACAUACUCUCUAAAGACACUAAUGGAGCAUUCAAACACAACUACCUUGUCAAGAGUGCCAAUAAGUGGGAGUCUAUCAAUAAGGACGUUCACGAUAGACUACUCUCUGAAAUCAAGGCUACUGCACCUGGUAAAAAUACAGACGUUGGUAGGCUCAGACAAGAACUGAUUGAGUCACAGGCCUCUCUUGAUAAACUAGUAGAAUCCAUGAAAUUUACAGACUGCGAUGGACCAAAAGAUCCUUCCAUUCUUGACAUUGUCCAUUAUGAAGAGUCCAAUGCCUAUACAGUAAGCAACUGCACACUAGAUGGUUAUCCUACUACAGUCUUUAUUCCUGACAAGGGUAGCAUUAAGAAGGUAGUCUAUGGAACUCUUACAAUCUGGGAAGGUGCUGAAAAGGAGGAAUGUAAGUACCUAAUGGUCCAUUAUGUCUACAAUAUACCAGCAUUUGCAUACCUCAUCAAAGGGUCAGACAAGGAUCUAGAUUUAUACUUUGCAAACAAGGGGGAUAACUGGGAAGAGAUCCAGGUAGACUACAUUAACAAACUUAAUGAACUCCGUAGGGAUAGACCUGCCUCCGGAGACUAUGUAAUAGACAUUAAGAAUACUACUAGCAGUGAAAAGUGCAAAGUUUAUAGCUACAUAAUAGAUGGACUUCUGACAUAUUCAUACUAUCCAUAUCCAGAAGUUACAGUAAAGAAGAUAAUGGAAGGGAAUAUAAAUGUUUGGAACGGUGGUGGAAGAUGUCUUUACUUGGCAGUAAGUUAUGUUGAUAGUAAACCUGUAUUGGCAUAUUUUGUAAAGCUGGAUGGAUAUAAGCUUGAGUAUACAUUUUACAAGAGAGAUAAAGAUAAAUGGUCAAACUGCUACGACUAUGUCUAUCGACGCAAGUGGAAUAAUCUAAUUAAUAAGAAAGAUACAUCAGCUGAGGACGAAGAAAUAUCAGAUAUGAGACAGGAAAGACUUAAAAAGGUCGCACAUGUUAGAACCAUUGGCAGAGAAUGCAUACUGGACAUUAAAGAUAUAUCUCUCCAUGAAACGUAUAGAGUUAUAAAAACCUUCGUAACCAAUAUCCCUGCCGUUGUAUACAUUCCUGGACCAACAUUUAAUUUCAAUACAAUUAAAGAUCAAGUCAAUUGUAAUCCUCAUCUGGGAGAGCAAUUUAAAGGCGUAUAUGUAUUUAUGAAGGACAAUGAACUAUCAGUAAUAUAUAUUUCAAGAUUUUAUAAUAAUUCGAUUUUGGAGGUGUUUUAUGACCUAAAUGAUGCUAAAAUAAUACGUUCUGCUGAUGUUGAAGCACUAGAAUCCUACAAACACUCUAAGACGGUUUUCUCAUUGGAUAUAUCCCGUAGGGGAACUGAUGAAUGCAAAUUUGUAAGCUUCCAUAAUGAUGGUGUUUUAACUCACACUCAUGUUGUUAAUGCCGAAUAUAUAGCUAAUAUGGUUACUGAUGGAGUGAUACUUCUUUGGAGAGGUGAUAAAGGUGAAAAGUGUUUAUAUUCCCUUACCAGUUUUCUUGACAAUACUCCUAUCCUACUGAACAUUUUUGUGAGACUAUCUGAUGGUAAACUAGAACACUACUAUUUCUACAACAGUGGAGAAUGGACAGUUAUUAACACUCUGGACUACAAAGGUAUAUUGAGGGACCUUGCUGGCACCACUAAAUCUAAGUUGUCUGAGUCUGUUGAGAGAGAUACCAGGGAAGUGCUCACUCUGGAUGUUGCCAAGGUAGAUACUAGCAAGUAUACCAUGGAGACUACAAGGUUGAGAGUACUCACUAGCAUCAAGUAUAGUCCACCAGAGGAUGCUCGUGUUACCAAGGUUCUCUUCGGCAAUGACUCUCUAUGGCAGACUCUCAAAGCUGGUGCACAGUGUAAAUUUGCUGUCAUUACCUACAGAGGAAUAUCCAUAGAACUUGCUCAACUGUGUAUUAUGGAUGGUUGUGAGAAGUAUAUGCACUUUGAGAUGGAGGACGGUAGACUAAGUAGCAUUACAGCUGAGGAGUACAAUGAUGCCUUAUCAAGACUAGACUCUGGAGAUGGUGGAUCUGAUGAAGACUUGGAGUUCAUUAUUUCUACCAUAGAUACUCUGGAUCUCAUUACUCCGGCUGAAGUGGACUUUGAGAUUGACAGGUUCCAGUUGGAUACACUCUCAUCUGCAGUCUACCUACCACUACCUAAACAUACCAUUGGCAGAGUAGUACUUGGUAAGGUAUUAUGGACCAAUGGCAACUCCAAGUGUCUCUACGUCAGUACAUUCUCCACUGAGGAGUCCAUACAACUAGUCCAGAUAGUCACUGAGGAUGGGACUCUCCACUUUGCUAGACUUGACAAGGAGCUUGUAAAGGUGCCACAGAAGAAGUAUGAUGAACUAUUUGAGAAACUAGGGUACAGACAAGUUGACCAAACUCCAUUCUAUGUUCCACUCGAGGUACCUGAUGCACCUAACACAAUCUCUCUGGAUGUCUCAAAGGCACUGGACUCCAGAGUUAAAACUGAGAAUGGCACCUUCAAGGGAGUAUCUUACGCUACCUUUUACACUACGGAUGAUGAUGUUAUAGAUGAGAUAUCUAGUGGCAAACUUACUGUAUGGAAACCUGAGGAUGAUGAGGUCUGUGUCUACGGUCGUCUUUAUUUGGACAAUGGACCAAAACUUCUCAAGAUCCGUACAGUUGGUAAGGAUGGAAGUAACAUUGUACAUCUUGCAUUGGAUACUGACAAGUGGAUAUGUCUUAGUCAGGAUGUAUUCAAUGACAAGCUGAACUUGAUGGUCCUAAAGUUGACUGAACCACUCAGGUUUGCCUUGACUACCACAACUGAUGGAUACUAUGAAUAUACUUUUGACUUGAGUAGAUACCACAUAGACUCUAGAUUUAACUCUGGUUUCAUGACAUAUGGAGGUCACAAGUAUGCUGUUUGUACUCCCAAGAAUGGUGUCAUAAAGAAGGUAGUUCAGGGUAACAUUACCAUAUGGACUCCGUCUUCAGAUGACUACUAUGCCAACAUGGUACUUCUCUCCAGCGACACUCAUCUCUACAUUCUUGUUCAAUCACCUUUCAACAUUCCCGCCAUUCUGUCAUACCAUCUGAAGAACAAUAUUUGGCAUAUGGUAAACCACGAAGCCAUCUCUACUGACAUUACCAAGACACUACCAAUCCCAUCUUUCAGACUGACACUUGACCUAACUGGAAAACAUGACCCAGAGAAGUACAGGGUGUUCAAGAUGGAGAUGAAUGGUGUUGCUACCACAGUCUUCAUUACCAUAUACGGAUACUACUUUGACAAGGUGGUCUCUGGUAAGGACCUAGUAUGGCAGUCGUCUGAGAAUGAGGAAUGUAGGUAUCUCAUGUUCCAUGACAAGUCUGGCAAAAAUUCAUUUAUAACAGUCUUUGUGGACUGUAUAGAUGGAUCCAAGUUCAUGGUCUAUGAGAUGAAGGACAAGUGGACAUUCUCCCACCAAUUACUUGGACCAAAGAAUGACUACAAGACCACUACUCCUGCUGUAUUCAACCUAAGUGACAAGACUCCUCAGAAUGUGUACUUCUGUGACAAUGUCUUCAAUGGUAUAGUACACAGAGCCUUCUCACCAUUACCUGGCUACCACGUUCAGGAGGUAAAGGACUCUGAGACUACCAUAUGGCAGGCAGAGGAUAAGGAACAGUGCAUAUUCAUUCUCUCUGUACCAGGUACUACUAAGAGUAAUACUUCACUACUAAGUCUCUUUGUAAGGAAUGAGGACUACUGUGGUUUCAAGCACUUUGAGAAGACUGAUAAAUGGAGACAUAUUGAUGAACGUGGCUAUGACAAGAGACUCAUUGAGAAGAAACAGACUAACAAUGUGACGACUACUGUUGCCAUAUCCAGUAUACCUCAGUACAAGAAUGCGGUUACUCUUGACACAGCCAAUAUUGACCACGAUAGGGUUGAUCUCCAUGAAGACUCUUUGAACGGUGCCAGAUGUCUCUACUCUGCCAAGACAGGGGACUACUUUAAUAGCUUAUUGGAUAGUGGCAAGACUGUUUGGAAGAGUGACAAGGACAAGUGUAUUAGCGUAGCCAUUUACGGCAAGGAUGAACUGCACUGUAGUCUGGACGUACUCUCCUCGGAUGUCAUAACUCCAAUCUACUUUUGCAGAAAGGCUGGCAACUGGUCUUCUACUAAUUACAAUACCUUCCAUGAGUGGCUAAGAAGCUAUGUCAAGACUCCUAGAGUUAAACUUGAUCUGGAUAACUUGGACACCAACUUCUUUGAGAGCUUCAGGUAUACUCAGAACGGCUAUGAGAUACUCUAUGGAAGACCACUACCUGGCUAUGUACUAACCACUGUUGCUGAUGGUUCUACAGAAGUUUGGGAAGCUGGACAUAAUCAAUAUGCUACAGAAUUCCAGAUGUCAAUAAUUGGUGACUAUACACUUCUGUCCAUCAUCAACCACUCCUACCAGGUUGAGAAUCUCUGCUUCCUAAAGUCUUCAAACAGUUGGUCACCUAUUGAUGAGGACGUAUAUGACCAGUAUCUAGUUCCCGUUAAUGACUCUACAAUCAACUAUCUAAAGUUUGAUCUAUCAAAGCCAGACUUUUCUAUCGUAGUCGGGCAUAAGGAUGUGAUGGGAGAUAUUACUAUACUAAGAUACACUCCGCAUCUUGGAAGGCAUGUUACUGCAGUUGUAUUUGGGGAGUCUACCAUAUGGUCUGGACACUACCAUGACGAAUAUUGCAUUUCAUCUGAGCAUAUCACUAAGGGUGGUGCCAUAUUCAUUAAACUACUCCUCAAGAUGGGAAGCUCUUUUGAACACCGCUACUUUACAAAGAUUGACAAUAGAUGGGUUACUCUCAAGGAAGAUGAAUUUAAGAAUAAGCUUGGUAUACAGAGUGUGAAGAUUGAUGCAAAGUCUACUCUGCAGGAUGGUGGCUCUGACCCUAACGUCUAUACGCUGAACAUUUCUGGAACCGUAGACAGAGAUAAGAUCACUGCUACUGAGACUAUAUACGAAGAGGUCAAGAGUGUUACAUAUUCACCCAAGUUUACUGCUGGAAUUGGAAAGGUGGUAGACUCUGAUGGUAUAGUUUGGAUGGGAACUUCUGACCAAAAAUGUGUUACUGCCGUUAUAUCCUCAAAGGAUGGAUAUGAUCCACUUGUUAGUAUCUCCAUCAACAUUGAUACUGAGGUACGGUAUAAGUACCUGGUAAAGAAGAACAAGGAAUGGUACCUCAUUAGAAAGACCAAGUAUGAUGAGUUAUUAUUUGCUAUGUAUAGACAUUCUCUGGUAACACAUGCUGAUACUACUUUUGAUAAUCCCAUAACUUUAGAUCUUUCAACCAAAUCUACUGAGGGUGUUACUUUCUAUGAAUAUACUCAUAACGAGGUUACCUACAAGACCUUCAAACCAAAGGAUGAUAAAUCUGUUGUGGAAAUUGUUGAUGGUAAAAGCGUGUUAUGGAAGAGCUCAUCUGGAAAGUGUAUAGAUGCUUGGACCUACUCAACACCUUUUUCACAUCUAUGUCGUCUUGACAUUCUCUCCUCUGGUGUCAUCACUCCUCACUGCUUUGAGAAGAGAGGUAGUCUCUGGAUAUCACUGGAUUUUAAGCUAUAUACAGAAAAGCUGAAGAAGCUGAUAAGCUACAAUUCUGCGGGAAUUAAAUUAGACCUUUUAGGACUUUCUAUGGAUACAUGUACAAUUCUGAGCUAUGUCCAUAGGGGGCUUUUGACGACAUCAGUCAUUUACAAGUUAAGUACUAAUAGUGUUUAUUACAGAAACACUGUAUGGGAAUCUAAAGAGGGUAAAGAGACACUUGCCAGUGCAAAUUUUCAUACGAAUACAAAGGAAGACAUCUGCAUGGUUACACUAAAAGAUCAAUCAGAGAGUCUAUAUUUUUGGAGGAAGGGAACAGUCUGGGACAAAAUAACUCAGAAUGAGUUUCAUGAUUUCUGUGAUGCAUUAAGAAGGGUUUCAGUAGAAAAUUCUUACGACACUGCACUUACAGAUAUAGCCUUGGACACUAACAAGGUAGACAGAGAGGCUUUUAGAACUUACAACUAUAGCGAUUCAACGGUCACAAAUUUUGAAUAUUUUCCUCUUGAAAAUAAUAAAGUUACAAAAGUUAUAAGUGGAACGUGUGAUGUAAUUUGGCAAGGUGAUGAUAAGGAAAGAUGCCUGUCAUGUAAAAUGGUUUCUAAAGCAGAGUGCCCUCCUAUUGUGGUAUUGAUCAUUCGUUAUGGUGAGGUCUAUGGCUUUUUCAGCCAUAAAUAUUUUGAAAGAGUGGAUAGUGGAUGGAAUGAGAUUACUGAAGAAACUUUUAAUCUUAGACUAACCUCUUUGUAUAAUAACUCACGUUUGCAGUUGCUAAAGGAUAGACUUGUGGAUACGUCUGAAAAUUCAGAUGUAUUCGACAGAAAGGCUUCUUAUACCUCGGAAGAAAUAAAUAUGCUUUAUCUGAACCAAUGGCUACUUAGUCACACACCUCACUGGGUGUUGGAUCAAUUCAAGACCUUUUAUCCAGAGAAGGGUUGGUUCUCUUCUAUUUUUUCCUGUUGCUAA